AUGGCAUCCAAAGAGACGGAUGAGGGUAACUCAAAGAGACGUCGCGGUCUCGGCGUUGUUACGCCCAACGCUUGUACAGAGUGUCGCAAGAAGAGGGCUAAGUGCGAUGGCCAAGUUCCUUGUGGCAGAUGCAGCUCCCAGAGAGGAGUCGAAUGUGUUUAUGAGAUGCCCGUGCGGCAGAGCAAAGAGCACAUGAGGAACGAGCUCGAAUCUCUUAGGAACCAGAUUCGACAAAGCGACAGAAUGAUGGCCGCGCUGGCCUCGAAUAGUCAGCCGGAGCAGCUUCUUAGUCGACUCCGAAAUGGAGAGACAGUGGAGGGUAUUGUCGAGCAUUUGGAAAAUGAAGAGUCGAAAGGCUCCGAUCUAAGUACCAAUGCCACUAUCUUCAAUCGGCGCAGCGACCGUAAUGCUAUAACAAACGCUCUGGGGCCCGCAAUGGAUAUCGCGAGCUGGACCGAGAAUUUAAACGGGGCUCAUAACAUCACCGGCCUAGAGAGACAACCGCCCGGCCAAUUUACCGGUCGAGUAUGGCCUUCUAUACAAUCUACGUCGUAUAACCCCUCGAAUGACAUCUAUGCAGACGAUGCGAUGGUUUGGGACCCGGAAAAUAUUCCUCUUGGAAAUCAAGGUCUACCUCUGGUUGGCACCUGGCAUCAAACCACCCCUGGGUCAUCCCCAGAUAGCGCGACCCAAAACCAGUUGCACUCCGGCCAGAAUUUUAUACUUGGCCAAGAUACUAAUCCCGAUACAAACUCUCCAGGGACUGGGUAUGCUGGCAGCUGGACGACAGUGACUUCAGAUAACACCUUUGUCAACCAUAUAAUGGCGCUGUAUUUUUGUUGGGAGUAUCCGACAUUCGCAUCGUUAAGUAAGGAACACUUUCUCGAGGCCUUCAGAGGAGGCAGUGAACGAUACUGCUCCUCUUUGCUUGUUAAUGCGAUCUUGGCAGUCGGUUGUAGAUUUUCCAAUCAUCCAAAUGCUCGAACAGAUCCCAGGAACUGCAUCACGGCCGGCGAUCACUUUUUCGCAGAAGCUUUGCGGUUACUUGAAGCGGAGACAGAUAGGCAUCGCUUGACUACAGUUCAGGCCCUAGGUCUAAUGUCUAUUCGGGAGGCCAGUUGUGGUCGCACAACAGACAGUCUCUUUUUCGCUGGUCAGUCGAUUCGUCUUGCCAUUGAAAUGGGGUUACAUACCCAGCAAGACAGUCAUAACGGGACGAUUGACGCACAAGAUGAUCCCGAAAUGGCAGUACAAGCAGCUACAUUCUGGGGUGCAUUCUCUCUUGAUCAGGCAUGGUCGCUUACACUUGGACGUCUCCCUCAAUUCUCAAGAGACUUACAGCUUGUUGCGAAGCCAAAGAUUAUCGAACAUAUCGAAUCUUCGCAAUGGGUCCCUUAUACUGAUGAUGGUUCACCACUUACACUUUCAUGUAUCCAGCCGUCGAAUGUCAGAAGCGUCUACAAGACGUUCUGUGAGCUCUCAGAGACCGUUCAUCGCUCACUUUAUACUUUGUACACUCCCGGGACGACGCUCACUAGUAAGACACUCAUGGAUCGCUAUCAGGAAUUCAUCGAAUUUCAUAGCUCUUUACCUGAACCUCUGAAACUAGGUCAUAAUUUUACACCGACCGUUAUAUUUACACACAUGUAUUACCACUAUGCGAUGUUGCUCCUUUUUCGGCCAUUUAUAAAGCUUGACAUUAUUGGAAGUGGGGUGCUCCCCCGAGACAUUUGUUUUCAAGCCGCAGAAGCUGUCUCUACACUUGUAGACUCAUAUGCACAGCUUUAUACUUUACAGCGGACGCCUUCAUUCGUACCCUAUUUUGUGCUUGCAUCUACCAUGGUCCAUGGUGUUAAGGUUGGCACGUCAAAUGUCGGUUCCGAGCGUCUUCAACGGGGCGUCGAGUGCUUGAGACAAAUGACUACUGCUCAUGGGUUUGCCAGUCAUGCCCUGAAGAUAAUUCGCUUCAUCUUGAGCCACUGGAAAAUUUCGAAAUCGGUAGAUAUCGACUUCGAAGACCUCGAGGAUGAGGAUCCUGGUUGUCCGCCAACAUCAGCAUCGACAAACCAAUUCUGUCCAAGCUUCGUGGGUAUACAAGUGGUGAAUAGCAUCGGCAAAGUUGCUCCCCGCGAGGAUCCAUUGUUCUGGCCAUUCCCUUUGCAGGGAAGACCACUUCUUGACGUCGGUCCUAAGUUGAAAUCCUUGGGCUUCACAGUCUUGCCAGAAUUCGAUGAUAGUGUUAAAGGCACCGAUGAUUCUACUGUCAUGGAAGGGGUUAAAACAGAGGCUGCGCCAGCAGAAGGGAGUCCAGCAGAAGAGAGUUGA